GACAGUUCUGUCACAUUUUUCGAUUCGAUUUUUUCGACUCGAACAAAAAUAAAAUCUUUUUCACAUCUCGAACUCACGAUGUUAAAUUUAUUAAAUAAAACAAAAAACCUUAUUAUUUCGGUGCGGCAACUAACCACCACUGCUGCCACUGAAAGUGUUAAACCAUCCACACCAGCCCUUAUCAUCCCACUAAGUCAAAAAUCCGAAAUUCCAACAAAUAUUCGUGCCAAUCGACAGGCAUGGAUUGAAAACACCGACACCGUUGAAGAAAAGAAACUCGGUCUGAUUGAAUUACAUCCCGAUGUGUUUGCCACCAAUCCCCGAGUUGAUGUCAUCCAGGAAAACAUCGAAUGGCAGCGAAAAUAUCGUUAUGUAAGCUUUGCUCAUACCAAAUCACGGUCAGAAGUGCGGGGAGGUGGUCGUAAACCAUGGCCACAAAAGGGCGGUGGACGUUCUCGACACUCGUCCAUUCGUUCACCCCUCUUCAAGGGUGGUGGCAUCGCCCAUGGACCACGUUCCCCAACAACGCAUUUCUAUAUGUUGCCUUUCUAUAAGCGAGUCAUGGGCUUGACCUCGACUUUGUCAGUGAAAUUGGCUCAAGACGAUUUGCAUAUUGUCAGAGAUCUAGAUAUACCCAGUCGAGAUCCAAACUUCAUCAAAGACCUGAUCAAGGAACGCAAUUGGGGACCAUCUGUCUUGGUUAUUGACAACAAUGAUAUCUUCCCCGAGAACAUCUGCUACGCCACCAAUGACAUUGGCUAUGUCAACCUCAUGCCUGUGUAUGGCUUGAACACCUACUCGAUGCUCAAACACGAUACUUUGGUCCUCACAGUCGCAGCUGUUAAGCAAAUAGUUGAUCGAAUUCUCUAUCAACUCACUCGCCGCGAUGCCAGAGAUUUAGAAAAUAAAUUCAAAACAGAUCAAUAAAGAAACAUUUACACAUUUAUUCAAA